UAUGAAUAUGCUACAUAGAUCUACAUAUAUAGCUUAUGAUAUUAACCGUCAAUUAAUUUAUACCACAUACAUUUUUUUUUUACCUUUAUCUUAUGAAAUACAGACGUUACUUCAGAAAAGAAUAUGACCAGUCUAGUCAUGCAUGUUAAUCAAUGACUUUCUGCCUAUUAAGUCAUUAGUUUUCCUAGCUGAUUCAGGCAACCCAUACCAUAUGCUUUAAUAGCACAUUUGAUGCCCAUUUCUGUAAUUCUUCUUGUAAAAUUUCAGUAUCUUGUGGGUUUUUUUUUAUUGUUCUAGAUGUAUAUAUAUUAAUAAAUAUAUUAUCCAAUCAUCUGCAAAUAAUCUAACUUUUGUUCCUAUUCAACUAUUGGUAAAUCAUUUUUAUAAAUUAGAAACAGAGUGGGCCUAUGAAUGUUCCUUUGAGAACUAAAUAGUCCUCUAUAUAUGGCAUGGCUAAUGCAACCAGAAGUCAAGAGAAGCCAGAUCCAGUUAACAAUAUUCAAUGCAAGCUCUCUGGCAAAACAUUCAAAUUAAAGUAUGACUACAAUCAAGAAAAAGGGGACAAAGAAAAUAUUGAACUAACAAAAGAUGAAAGUGGCUUCAAAGUCAUUUUCCAAGUCUUAAGAGCUUCAGAUGUGAAAAUAUUUGAUCAGUCUAGACCUAUACCAACAGAGCUGGCAGAAAAACUAAAAAUUAAGACCAAGAAAUCUAAGUCAGGUUACUACAAGAUCGUCAAUGUAGAAGGAGUUGAAUUGAACUUGGAAAAGUAUUUCAAGCCUCCUACACCAUUGUCAUCAAGCGAUGAAGAGAAAUAAGGAAUAUUGACGGAAGGUCUACAUGGCAAGCAGCAACACUCACAGAAGGUCUACCUGGCAAGCAGCAACAAUCAUUAAUGGUGCAGCUACUCUACAAAAAUGACUGGCUUACAGGAAAAGUGAAAUUUGCAACUUGAGGUGAUGAAUCUCAUCAGGGUGGAUUGUGACUUUCAACUAGAAAUAUUUGAAGUUGUACUAUGUGAUCCUAUUUGAAAAUGUUGGUCAAUAGAUGGCCUCAACCUUUCCAACCAUGUGGCAUUAUGAAUAUAUAAGUUCAUGUUUUAAAUCUGUAUGAGUGGCAUGGGGUAGUUUUACUCUUCUACCUUGUUUUGAAUAUAGCUUGUAUUUGUUGUUUGUACAUAUCACCAUCAUCCUUUGCUGUAACAUGUGGUGCUUUUCACCUGUCCCACUUUACCCCACAGCUAUGUGAUCUUUCUGAUAUGGGAUGAUUUGCCCACUAUAUCUUCAUAUCACCUGAAAAUUUGGUCUUUUUGGCAUGUAAAGUAGAUGAGCUGAGUUGAAAAUGAUUGUUAAGCUUGAGUACUUGUAUUAAAAAUGGAUUUUGUAUGUACAUAUUCAUUGAAAUUUUUGUCUGAAAGUAAACAAUCAAGCAUGUUUAAUCUCUCCUCAACCUAGCCAUUAUAGAGUGUUCCUUAGUUUUGUCUACGAGGAAUUAUGAGAGAGGAUUAGAACUUUGGGCUGUCCAAUCUUAGAUUUAAAGCUGAGGGAUAUAAGAAUUUUCUUAAGUUCCUCCCCUUUGGUUCUAAUGGAUGUUUGUAUUUUGUUUUCAUAAAGAUAAACCACAAAGCACAAUUAUAAACAGUGCUGGGAAUGUAGUUUCAUUUAGUAAACAUGUCUAUACACAACUUCCUACUACUGUACCUAGUUCAUGUAUUGCAAUGAUAUAUGAUUUAAGACUGUUGAACUGUUGUAUGUCUAUGCACUAUUAUUUUUUCCCAGCAUUUAUUUUUGUUAUGUCUACAUAGAGGCUAAGACACUGUUGUAAGUAAUGAAACACUAAAUAUUUGAAUGCAAUGGUCACAGUAAGCUAAAUGUUUAUUGAUUUAUAACAAAUUAGAGAACUGAAGCUAAUUACAACAUUAAAAGUUUAUUGUUCAAAUACUAAAAUAUUGCAAUUCUUAUAUUUUUGCAUUCUAAUGGAAAAUGAUAUAAUAUUAAAAUUGAGUCUAAUCCUAUACAAAGGUUGUAAUAAAGCACUUGUUCAACAAUUAAUCUAGAUAAUAUUAUUGUUAAUGUAUUUACUUACUGAUCAAGAAAAAUAUAUAUAAAAAAAAGUUAAUCCUCUUUCAGACCUUGUGAUCUAUAGGGCAGAUGAUGUAAAGGUCAUCUGUUUCUGUGGUGCACGGUUAACUAGGUGUCAUGUGGCCAGAUGACCAAUGACCAAAACCCUUUACUUUUCCCUAACUAAUGUCAGGUACACAUUAGUGAUGGGUGGAUUCAGAGGUGCCCUAAAAAUUACGAAAUUAAAAUUCCAGUCCUCACCAUGAUUUGAAAAUGGGACACCUCAGUUCAGAAGCCAAGCCCUUUAACAUUCAGCCACUGCGCCUCAUAAGGAAAAUGUACAAGAUAGGUUAUUAAACAAAAAAUCAUUAAACACCAAAUCAUUUAGUCAGAAUUAUUUGUUUUGGGAAAAAAAAUUAUCAUUGACAGGCCUGAAUGCUCAUUUGUCAUUCUAUAAAACUUUUUUUCAACAUUUUUGCAAUGUGAAAAUAAAUGCAAGUUAUAUCAUUGGUUCCAAAACAUUGACACUAGAAAGGUUAGCAUCAAAAUAAAAUAAUUUUUCUUUUCUAAGGACACAUUUUGUAAGUCCAGACUCAAAUUUUUACUUGAAUGGUGUAAUUAAUAAAAGUUAACAAAGUGUUAGGUUAGAGUGCAGUGUGGUUUUUAAUUUAGAAUGGGUGCAAUGCGUGUUUCCAUGGUAGCGACAUCAAAAGAGAGGAACCUGGCUGAAUGUGGUGACAUGAGAGAUUUUAACAUUUUGUGUAUUUCUUUUGAGAUUAAAGUAAUUUUAAAUGCAAACCAGAAGUUCUGUGUUGAUGUAUUAGAGAUAACAAUGAGCUUCAUGUCUUAAUGCUGUGCAAAAUAAUCAGAUAGGGCUUUCCACAUGUCAAUAAUCUAAUAACUGUUGAUGGGUUUUUCCUGACAUUUUUCGUGUGUUGUUUGUAACAUUUACUUCAAUGUUAGUAUUUUUAUGCAGGCUUUUGGACUGUCAUUAUAAAGUAAACAAAAAUAUGUUAUUUAUAUAGAAUGAAUUUUGUCAAUACAGAAAAUUUUGGAAGAAUUCUGAGAUUGAUAUUUAAACUUAAUACUUGUAUCUGUUCAUAUAUUUUCUUUUUAUUACAUUUUUUUUUUAUUAAUGAUAUGUUAAAUUUUUUUGGUGUAAACUACUUAUUGAUCUAUGUAUCUACCAACAUGUCAAUAAAAAUUGCCUAGAUCUACUUUGAA